AUGCGCUUCGGCAAGACACUCCAGUCGUCCUUCCACCAGCCAUGGCAGGACAAAUACCUCGACUACCCCAAACUGAAGAGCAUGCUUCGUGAGGACGAAUACGAGGAGGACGAGUCUUGGACCGAAAACGAUGAGACCAGGUUCAGCGACGAGAUCUUCAACGUACAGCUUGAGAAGGUCACCAGCUUUCACGAGGAGAAGUUCAAGGAACUCAAGGACCGCGUCGACUCCGCCUUCGAGAAGCUCAAGGAGCUGCCCACCCCCGAGAAUGACCAGCCCCGGAGCGACAUCGCCACCCAGCGGCUCAAGGAGCUCGAGGCCGAGCUGGACGCCAUCACAAACGAGGUCAACGAGCUCAAGAGGUACAGCAACAUAAACUACACCGGCUUCUUGAAGAUAGUCAAGAAGCACGACCGCAAGAGGGGGCUGCGCUACAAGAUCCGGCCGAUGAUGAUGCAGCAGCUGUCGGACCGGCCCUUCAACUCGGAGCAGGCAUACUCCCCCUUGAUCCACAGGCUGUCGCUGGCAUACUUCACGGUUAAGCAGCAGCUGGAGGAGGGCGUCAGCGAUGGGGUCAUGGCAGAGCUGCAGGAUGGUGUGCAGGAGACGCGUAACGGCGAGACAUAUUCAGCGCACAAGUUCUGGGUUCAUGCCGAUAACUUGCUCGAGGUCAAGACCUUCAUCAUGCGACGCUUGCCAAACUUGGUGUACAGCGAGGUCUCAGCAAAGGAGGUAGACGGAAACGAGGACCCCAGCUUGACUUCUCUGUACUUCGACAACUCCAAGUUCGACCUUUACAAGCGAAAGGUUGAGCGCGAGACCGAGGCGUCGUCUUUGCGGUUACGCUGGUAUGGGCAGUUGAGUGCCUCACCCGAGAUUUUCUUGGAGCAGAAGAUUGUCCGUGAGGGCGGCAGCAGCGAAGAACGCAAGUUCACCAUCAAGGGCAAGUACGUCAAGCCUUUCAUCGAUGGCGAAUACAAGAUGGAAAAGACCAUUGCCAAGAUGGAGCGGCAGGGCCAGAGCGAAGACGAGAUCGCCAAAUUCAAAUCGACAGUAAACGGCAUUCAGGAGUUCAUCAAGGAGCGCAAGCUACAGCCCGUGGUGCGGGCAAAUUACAAGCGCACGGCAUUCCAGAAGCCAACCGAUGACCGCAUCCGCAUCUCCAUCGACACUGAUCUGGCAUUUGUCCGUGAGGAUACCUUGGACUCCAGGCGGCCCUGUCGCGACCCUAACGAGUGGCAUCGACUUGAUAUCGACAAUAGGAAUAUUGGAUAUCCUUUCAAGGAUAUCAACCAGAGCGAGGUCUCAAGGUUCCCCCACGCAUUACUGGAAAUCAAGCUGAAGGAGGAUGGCAAACGCAAGCGACCGGAGUGGAUCGAGGACCUGAUCUCAUCCCACAUGGUCUACCCUGCAGCUCGCUUCUCCAAAUUUGCGCACGGUGUUGCCGUUCUUUUCGACGACUAUGUCAACACCCUGCCCUUCUGGCUGAGUGACCUGGACAAGGACAUCCGCAAGGACCCUCAGGCGGCGUUUGAGGAGGAGGAGCAGAAGAAGGCCCGGCGCGCCGCUGAUGAGCAGGUCGUAGGCAGCUUGCUCGGCAACAAGAUGGGCUCAUUCCAGCCUUCCAAGAGCUCGCCUGUCAGUAAGUCGUACUUGGCGGAGCGAAUCGCCAGCGAAAGCGGUGCUGGGCCUGCUGGUUCGCCCGCGUCGACGGCAGUGGCUGGCCGAGGACCCCGGGAGAAUGGCGAGUCCGCUGGACAACAGAACGAGCAGGGACAGCAGCAACAGCAGCGGGGCUACGGCACCAUCAUGCCCUCCUUCUCGAUAAUCACGCGCUACGCCAAGUCGCGGCAGCGCAAGCGCGACAAGGUGCAGCUGCCCGAGGGCGUCACCGAGCCCGAGACGUGGAUCAAGAACGAGGGCCCGCUCAAGGUCGAGCCCAAGGUGUGGCUGGCCAACGAGCGGACCUUCAUGAAGUGGCAGCACAUCUGCGUCCUGCUGGGCGGCCUGGCCGUCGCGCUGUACACGGCCGCGGGCCGGGACAUGCUGGCCCUGGCCUUCGGGAUCGUCUAUCUCGCCAUCGCCGCCUUCGCUGGCGGCUGGGGCUGGCUCAUGCACCGCACGCGCAGGCAGAUGAUCGUCGACCGCAGCGGGAGGGACUUUGACAACCUGGUCGGCCCCAUGGUGGUCAGCUUCGCGCUAGUGGUUGCCCUGGUGUUGAACUUUGUGUUCCAGUAUCGCGCCGCUGUUCACCGGAUGGAUGCGGCUGCAUCACUUGAGGGUCUAAACUCGACCGUGGCACAGUUACCGGUCGUCGAUGAGCUCCUACGAUGA